AGCUCGGCCAUGGGCUCCCGGAGUUCCCACGCCGCGAGGAUCCCCGACGUGGAGGCCAUCAGGCGCGAGACGGGCUUCUCCCAGGCCUGCCUGACCCGCCUCUACCACCGCUUCUGCGCGCUGGACGGCAACAAGAAGGGCUACCUGAGCCGAGUGGAUCUGCAGCAGAUCGGGGCGCUGGCCGUCAACCCCCUGGGAGACCGCAUUAUAGACAGCUUCUUCCCCGAGGGGAGUCUGAAGGUGGAUUUCAUAGACUUCGUCAGGGUCCUGGCUCAUUUUCGACCUGUAGAUGAUGAGGACAGAAGCCGGGACCCCAGAGAACCUGAACCCCUCAAUAGCAGAAUGAACAAACUUCGCUUUGCAUUUCAACUCUACGACCUGGACAGAGACGGGAAGAUCUCCAGGCAGGAGAUGCUGCAGGUGCUCCGGCUGAUGGUUGGAGUUCAGGUCACAGAGGAGCAGUUGGAGAGCAUUACGGACCGCACAGUGCAAGAGGCUGAUGAAGAUGGGGAUGGGGCCGUGUCCUUCCUGGAGUUUGCCAAGUCCUUAGAGAAGAUGAACAUAGAACAGAAAAUGAGCAUCCGUAUCCUGAAGUGACCCUCCUGUGCCUUCCGCUGCCAUAUGCAGACCAGACCUUGGGAUUCAUCCUCAGCCCCCAUGGAGGCAGGACCCCAAUAAACUGUACUUUAAAA